UUCCCACAGUCUCAAUACACACAAUACUCAAUCCAACAACCAGAAACAACUACAACACAAUUCAAGAUGCUUGAAGCACGUUUGGAACAGGCUGCUCUGCUGAAGAAGGUCGUCGACGCCAUCAAGGACCUCGUCCAAGACUGCAACUUCGACUGCAAUGACUCCGGCAUCGCCCUUCAAGCCAUGGACAACUCCCACGUCGCGCUCGUGUCCAUGAUGCUCAAAUCCGAAUCCUUCUCGCCCUUUCGCUGCGACCGCAACAUCGCCCUCGGCAUCAACCUUGGCUCCCUCACCAAAGUCCUACGAUGCGCCCAAGGAGAGGACAUCCUCACCAUGAAGGCGGAGGAUGCGCCGGACGUUGUCAACUUCACUUUUGAGAGCGCCGAGAGCGACAGGAUUAGCGAGUACGAUAUCAAGUUGAUGGAUAUUGAUCAAGAGCACUUGGGGAUUCCGGAUACCGAGUACGCGGCGACGAUUACUCUGCCCAGCUCGGAGUUUCAGCGUAUCACCAGGGAUCUUGGUGCUCUGUCUGAGUCUGUCUCCAUCGAGUGCACAAAAGACGGCGUUAGCUUCAAGUGCAACGGCGACAUCGGCAACGGUUCCGUCACUCUCCGCCAACACACCAACGUCGAAGACGAGGACAAGAACGUGGAGAUCAACCUCUCAGAGCCCGUCGCAUUGACCUUUUCCCUCAAAUACCUCACCAACUUCUGCAAGGCUAGUGGACUCAGCAAGUCGGUGAAGCUCUGCCUCAGCAACGAGGUGCCACUUCUUGUCGAAUACAGCUUGAGCAACAACAGCUUCUUGCGGUUCUACCUCGCACCAAAGAUUGGCGACGAGGAGUAG